CUAAACGAUCAAUCUGUCAAGUCAGUUUCAUUCAAUUCUAUUUAAAGUUUUUGUGGAUAUUGGCUAUUUCUGGGGAUAGAGCGAAACACCCAAUUACCGCUCAAGAAAAAGUUAGUAUUGAAAAAGAGGAUGAUAUAUGAAGUCUAUGUGCCUCACCUCGAGACAGAAUGCGUUGUGCUGAAAAAACAAGGAUUUAGAAAGAGUUGGCUGCAGUCCAAAAUUACUAUAACAUAGUAGAUACCCGGUACGAGAAGCUCGCUGGCAAAUAUGACGUCUUUUUGUGCCUGUGCUCCUGUGUCGAGUGAUUCGGACAUCGACAGGCUUCAAAUGUAGCCCAAAAAUCGUGUUUUUGCGUGCAUGUACCGUAGUUUUUCCAAAAUUUUGCAACUUCAUCUCCUUAUAAGCUUCCCCUGUAUGCCACGCUUAGAAUCGGUCACAAAUGCUACUAGAUAGAUAUAAAAAUUCUAGGUGAUCAAUAUUGUGCCAAUAGUGAUAUAUUGAUAAGUGUUUUGUUGAGUGUUAUUUCCUAUAAAACUUUGAACGAUAAAUGCAUCACUUAUACCCCUUAAAAGGUGACCCAUUGUGCCCUCUAGGAUUCCAUCCACAGGUUAGGUGGCCAACACGGUGUAAACGGUGCUUUAGAGACUAUAAAGAACACGGAGGUAAAAAGAGAGAAAGCGAAAGUAAUUUGCGUAAAGAUGGGUCUGCACUAUCAACACCUAGCUUAUCUUGGACCACCAAAGAUAAUGAAAGUAAAAACAGAACAUAUUAUUCGACCACCAACUUAGCAGCAGAAGAAGUUGUGAAUAAUGGUGACCAAAAUAGUCACCCUUCUUCAUGGAUAUCCACACCUGAUUUAGCAAAUUUGGAAGAUGACUCACAACCAGUGACCACAGUCAACAUCAAAUUACCAGUUCGAAAACAGAAACCUAUAGACACUGGACAACGAACAGUUUCAGACAGCUUUUCCGUGGUCAAAGACAGAGAAAAACCAGUAUUCAACAAAACAGACAGCCUGGCUACCCGAGCUAGAAAGUUACGAGAAAUCAGAGAAUCAUCUCCAAAAGAGAGGGUAAAAAGGAUACAAGUUAAAGAAGUUAAAACAAUUUCGGAGGAACCUACUAAUCAUGAUGUACAAUUUCUCAUUCAAGUAAAAACAAAAUCAAACAAAGAACCAGACAUAUCUGAUCGGGAUGACACAGCAAGUAUUGCGGGGACAGAAUCCACAGAUACUACCCUGGUUGAUCCUUAUGAUAGUGACAUGAGGGACCAGUUAGAAAGUUUGAAGAAAGAGUUGGAUGUUACUAAGCAAAAAUGUGAAAGGUUGGAAAGAGAAAAAGGAGAUAUGCUGCUCAGGCGAGUGGCUGCAAUGGAGAGCACUACAAGCAAAACGUCUGCUAGUGAGGUAUUGAAGCUCCAACAAAAAUGUAACGAAUUACAACAACAACUAGAGGAUUACAAAGAUGAAAAAAGGAGUUUGAGUUUAAAAGUAAAAGAACUGGAAGCUGAUCUAGAUCUGCGACCAACGGCUUCUCAAACCCAAAAAAUUGCCGACGACCUUAGAUCCAAGCUCCUAGCUGCAGAGACCUUGUGCGAAGAACUUAUGGAUGAAAAUGAGGAUAUUAAGAAGGAGUUAAGAGAUAUGGAAGAACAGAUGGAUGAACUACAGGACAACUUUAGGGAGGACCAAGCAGUGGAAUAUACGUCCUUAAAAAAAGAUCUGGAUCAAACUACCAAGAACUGUCGAAUACUGUCAUUCCAACUUAGGAAGGCAGAAAGAAAAGCCGCUCAACUGGAACUAGAUAGGACUGAACUAGAAAAGAAGCUGAAAGACAUUCCAGGCAGUGGUACGACUUUGAACCAAAUCGACAGGAUCAAGCAAUUAGAGCAAGAGCUUAAAAUUGCAAAUGAAGUUUCAAUGAGGUUACAAAAAGAACUUGAUGAAACCAAGACCAAGGGAAACAAAACUGAUGACACCAAGGGCUCAAACAAAAAAAAAGCACCGAUGCUAGGUUCAAUCGGAAAGAGCCACUCUGGAGACGAGAAAGUAUCUAGGGAGUCUCUGACAAGAGGAGGCUCUCAAGAAGAUCCAGCACAGCUGCUGAGAGAUCUGCAGGACUCAUUAGAAAGAGAAGCUGAUCUUAGAGAACAGCUCAAAUUUGCUGAGGAAGAGGGAGAAAACUUGCGUAAAAAAGUAUCCAGAAUCGAAGAUGAUAACGAGUCUUUAGUACUGCAGCUAAAGAAAAUGGCUACAAGAGCUCGAACACGAAAGCUGAGUCCAACGAACCAAAAACUAGGCCCAGAACCAUCUGCAAAACCAGAAACUGAUGAUGAAGACCCAGCAGAAUUAAAACUUCAAUUAGAACUAAGCGAACAAGAAGCAUCGGUACUUCGCAAGAAAAUUGAAGACCUGCAAAGUGAUAAUAUGAAGUUGAAAACGAAAGUGAAAGAUUUGCAAGAUCAAAUAUCUACACGAAGUGUCACUAAGAAGACAGUGAUUGGAACCAAAAGUGGAAAAGAUAAUGCUCUCUUAAAUGAGAAGAUCAAGGUUUUAGAGGAGGAGACAAAUGAUAUUAGGAAAAAAUUGAUAGAAAAGGAGAGAGACUGUGAAAGAUUGCAUGCAGAACUCAGUAUUACCCAAAAAAGGUCAAAAGGAAUGCAAAAGAGCAAGUCUUUGGAACUUGAUCAACAAGCAUUAGAUUUAAGAAGGCAGUUGCAAGUGAUAGAACAAGAAGCUUCUGUUUUAAGAAACAAAGUACAAACCCUAGAGUCUGAAAAUGAAAAACUAAAUGCUGAAAACAGAAGAUUAACUUUGCUUAAAAGUACAAAGUCAGCUAAGGCAGAUAAAAAUCUAGAUAAAUACAUAGACCAAAUUGCUUCACUUGAAGUAGAUUUAAGCGAGCGAGACGCUAAAAUUAAGGAACUUGAAACAAAACUUCUUAGUGGUGGAAAUAAUCUAGGCUUAGAACUAAAGGGAGACUUGAAAAAAUUCAUCCAAAGAACCCCAAAAAGAGUAACUGCUCUUACUUCCAAAGACCAAUUGAAAAAUAUGGUGGGUGACUUGGAAAAAGAAAUCGAAGAAAUUUUGACAGCUAUGAAGUCGAAUGAGAAUGCAAAAAUAAAAUUAGAGGAAGAAGUCAAAUCUGCUAUUAAAGAUCUUGAAGAUUUGAACAAGAAAUACGAUUCUACCAAAAAAGACCUUGAAGCAGAGAAAUCCAAAGCUGGUAAAGAUAUAGAGGAGUUGAACAGAACUUUGAAAAAGGCUAAAGAGAACCUUGAAAAAGCGACGAAAGAAAAUCUGUCUCUUGAGAGUCAAAUUGAUAAAAUGAACAACGAAAAAGCAAAGUUUGCCAGCGAAAAGAAGGAUUUGGACGACGAAGUUUCUAAACUUAAGGCCAACAUCAAAACCUUGACAAACAAACAAAAUGAAACUGAUAAUUUGAAAGCUUCACUGGAAAUCAAAGAGAAAGAAGUGAAAAAGUUGAAAGAAGAAAAGAGUAAAAUAACCAGUGAGAUUUCCGAGAAGAGUAAAAGGAUAUCUGAUUUGGAGGCCCAGUUAAGUUUAACCAAUGAGGGUAUGAAGAAGCUACAAGAACAAAUUAAGACUGCUGAGAGUAGGUUAGAGAAAGAGAAGCAAAAAGCAAAAAGUCUGGAGGCAGACAAGACGAAUUGGGAAGAAGAAAAAAGAAAGCUGGCAAGUCAGAUAGAUAGCCUGCACGAGAAUGUUAGAGGAUUGGAAAAUAUAAUAGAACAAAAAGACAAAUUAGCCAAACAACUGGAAAUUAGAUUAGCGAAAGAAAAGGAAUUACUAUCGAAGACUAGUCUGAAAGCUGAAGAGCUUGAAAGUGCAGAAAUCAACAGACUGAAAGAUGAGCUUACCAGGAGCAAAGCUCGUGUUUCAGAUAUUGAAUCCAAAUUAGAGAGUUCCAAUAAGUUUCAAAAGACUCUAGAGGAUAAACUCACCAAAGCUCAAAAUGAAACAAAAAAUGCAAAAUUGGAAAAUGAGAAGAAAAUUAAGGAGCUAGAAAUUGAUUUACAGAAUGAACGUAAAAAAUUGGAUGUGGCCAAAAACAAUCAAGAAAAAGAGCAAAAGAAUAGGGAACUCGAAUUGUCGAUAUUAAGAGAUAAAAUCAGGAAAUUAGAAAACAACGGAGGAGGCACUCCCGAAAUCAAAGCUCUACAAGCAACAAUUGAAAAGCUAGAGAAGAUCAUAGCAUCUGAAAAGAAAAAGUACAGUGAUCUUACCGCGAAAUACGAGAUUCUUGAAGAGGAGCAUGUUGUUACUAAAGCAAAACUAGUUAUGGAAAAAGAAACCAUCGAAUCACAGUUCAAAACUUUGAAAAAAGAAAUGACGCAAAUAGAAGGAGAACUUAGAACUCUUAGAGACAACUACAACGUAAAACAAGAUACGUGGAUCAAAGAAAAACUCGAGUUGGAGACGCGGUUUAAGGAGAUUUCGAAGUCAUCAUUGAAAGGAGGAGAAUCGGAUAGACAAAGACUCAAAGCUUUGCUGGAAGAGAAGCUUUCAGAGUUCGAACAAUUGAAGAAAGAACAUGAUAACAUACACGACCAAAUGGAGUAUAUGAGACGAGAAAACGAUGAGCUCAAGAAAAAACUGGACGAUUAUGACAAAGUUAAUAAGGUGCAAAGAAACAUGAGCGCGGAUAGUAGUGCAAUGGAGAUGGAAAUUAAACAGUUACGUAUGAAGCUCAACAAUUUUGAGAAAAACAAGAAGUCAGACCUAGCUGAACUCAAAAUGAGAUACGAAAGUCAACUGAAUGCUGUAAAUGGAGAACUGCAAUCACUACAGAAUCAAGUCAUGAGGUUCAAACGGGAGAAAGAUACGUAUAAGCACAUGCUGCAAACUGCUCAAAAAACUAUUGGGGACCUGAAGCAAAAUCCGUAUUCCCAUAAAGAAGGCCCCAAAAACUACGAUGAACUCGAGGAGUCCAAAUCCAAGGUAGCAACAUUGGAGCAACAAAUCAGUUGCAUGGAAGACGAGCUAUCAGAAGCAAGACUAGAGUGCUCAAGGCUGAAAACAGAGCUGGUGUCAGAACGCUCCACUUGGGAGGUAAAACUUUCUGAACUUCAUUCCAAAGUCAACGAAUUAGAGGAAGAAAAAGUACUUAACAGUGGCAGAACGAAGAUUGUUGGUUUGAGAACGAGGAUGGAACUAGCUUGGCAAAAAGAAAGGGAAGAACAACAACGGUUGCUUCAAGAAACUGCUACACUAGCGAGAGAUUUGAGACAAACAUUAUUUGAAGUUGAGAGGGAGAGAGAUAAGGAAAGGUUGGAGGCCAAAAGGAAACAAGACCAGGUUAAAAAAUCUUCUGAAGAAGAGCAAGAUGAAAAUAAAAAGAAAAUUACUGAACUGCAAUACGAUCUUUUGGAACUUAGAGAUGCUCAUGCGAAGCUAAGGACUACCAACGAAAAAUUGAGGAGGGAAAAAGAAAGAUACGAGAGAGAAAGAGAAGAGAUGAAAAACACUAUCAGUGGACAAAAGAAAGUGGAUAUCCAGGAUGAAAUGAAAGUCAAUAGGAUAAUUGAGCAGGUGGACACACUGAAGCAAUUAGCUCCAGAGCUGUUUUUCUCCAAAGAGAACGAAGCUCCAUAUACCCCAACCCCGCCUCGACGUACCAAAUCAAAAUCUCGAGAGACAUCACCAGCUCUAGAUAGAAGAGAAUCAUCACUAUCCCCAGAAGAUAAGCAACAACAAAUUCAGUACGUGAUGCAGAGACUUGUCCAUGCUACUGAGGACAUCAGGAAGAUCCAAACCGAUGUUGAUAGAGAAAGGGUUCGGAGAAUGAUGGGUGCUAGAAGAGCUACAUCUACGGAGCAUGAGGUGGGAUCGGAUUAUAGGUACAGACAGCCCCAGUUGAGGAAGCGGUCAGAAAAUAGUUUGAAAAGGAAGAGUCUAUCCUUGGAGCACACGACGCAAGCCGAACAGAAGAUUUGGACCAAUAACGACAACAGUAUGUCAAGUCUCAAUUCGUUGGAGCCGCAUUCUGACAUUGAAACCAGUAGAUCAAGGAGAGAUACGAGCUUGGAUAGUAGACUAUCAUCUGGAUCAACUCAGAGCGAAUUAGGAGAAAAGAAGAAAAAGAAGGGUAUUAUGGGCAAACUGAAAAAGUUGACAAAGUCCAGAAGUAUCGACGAUCAAGAUCCAGAGAACUUUUCGCCUACGAGACCACUUUCUUCAAAGACUAACUCACACGCUGAUAGCAGCGAAGAUACCAGAGGAAGCAAAAGGGAUUUGAAAGAAAGAAUCACAGGAAUAUUCAAGAGAUCUGGUUCAUCUUCUCGUAGUAACAGUGUUGAAAGGAGGCAUGAAACUAGUUCUAUGCAGAGGCCGCUAGUGAGGACAACAGAAAGUAAUGGAAAUCUUAAUUGUAAGUGUAGUCAAGUAAAAAAAUUGAAGAUAUAACACAUCGUACGACACUGUCAACGAGAGCUGGCGGUCACGUGGUGACUGAGCCUCCAACUGCGAACUGGAAUCUAUAAUACACAGUCACUACUAUUCACUGCCUGCAGUGGUCAGCUCUAGCGAUAGAUGGCGCUUCGUGCUGUCUUGUUUCGAUAGAUCUCGCACUUUUGAUAUUGUAUUGUUGCUAUGCUUGCGUUGUUUGUCCGAGAGACAAAGAGCACGAAAUAGCUGUUCACGACUGGCCGUUUUUGGUCUGCCUGACAAAAGCAAAAGCAACAUGUUUGGACUCCUAAAAUGCAUCCAAAUUCUAUCUAACCUCGCUGUUGGCCAGCGAGCUAUAAAUGUCUGAGAAGCGAUGAUUUAGUGUUCUUGGUUGUUUUGGCGCAGAGUAAAUGGUACCUGAAUAGAUAUACGAGUAGAUAGAGAUUCACUAUUUUUCCCUAGCGAUUUUGUUCUUGAAUCUAUCGAGUUUCAACGACAUUAUCUACUGAUUGCGUGUUUUUUUUGCUCAAGUUGUAUGAAUAAAUAUCUCUGAAGGUUUUUAGUAGACCAAAAAUAUAAUUUACUAUCCAGUAUCAAGUAGUUUGAAAAUGCUUGAUCUCAAGUAAAACUAUAAAAAAAUCAAUCAUUAGCUUUUCAAGUAAUUUUAUUGUCAAGUAGUUCAUGGAAAUAUCAAGCUACUUGACUUGACAUAGACUUACUACGUUUUUUUAAUAUCAGCCAGCUUUUCAUAAAAUAAUUCACAGCGUGACUAAAAAUGAUACC